AUGUGGCAAGCCCUCGAGGUUUACGACUGGAUGGUUCGCGAGAACCGUGCUCAACGCAGCACGCGUCGACUCACCCUCGUCAUCAUGGACCAGCGGCUCGGGCAGCUUUUACAAGAAGCCUGCCCGACGGAAAACAUUUUGCGCCUGGUGGUGCGCAUGCUGGAGCUGGAGCUCCUGCCGGACCUUCCGCUCAAGCGGAUGCUGGCGGAGCAACUGUGGGAUCGCGGGGACUUGCCGGCGGUUGUGCGACUGCUCCGGAUUCUGCAGGAAUCGGAGUGUUUUCACGGCGACGGCGCUGGUGUGACUUCGGGAGGAGGAGGUGAGGUUGCGGAUUUGGCGGUGAGGUUGAGAAGCCAAAUGGACAGGUCGAUUAAAGACGUCAAAGACGGACGGAUCGAAAGCGUUGCGGGGCAGCCUAAGCUGCCGCCGCUGACGCUGCAGGGGGAUACUAUCCGGUCUGACCAAUCAGUUGUGGCCAUGUCGUCAUCUGUUGUGGGAGGAGUCGCCCCUUCGUCGCCCAUCUCCGCAACGGCUACCAGCUCGGCAGCCGAAGCGGACAGGAUGGCGGGAGGUUCGGCUGGAGGCUCGGCAGGAGGUUCGGCAGAAUCGUCUUCCGGGUCGUGGCUGCUGGCGGAAGGUCCAGAGGAGCGGAAGGACCGCCUCAUCCGAGAGUUGCGCGAACGGGUGGCGGUUGAGCUGGCUGGCGCAAAGGGGGAGGGGGCAGGGGGGGGUUCUGUUUACGGGGAGAGCGCGGAGGCCCAAGCGGGAGGUUCGGAUUCGGUUUCCGCGGGCGCUGAUACCGCGGAUGCGGUUGCGGAGAUUGGGGAGGACCUGGGGGGGUACUUGGCGGAACGAGCUCUCGCGCGCGCGCAGUUCCGCGAGGUGCUGGCGCUUCCGCGGCUGUUGCGCGAGGGCGGCGUGGAGGUGUCGGUGGUAGCGUACGAGGCGGCGCUGAUUGCGGCGGUGAGGGAGCAGGAGCUGUGGACGAUCAACGUGGGGGAUCUGCAGGUGAUGCAGUAUGAGAGCGCCGUGGGAGCGCUGUCGCCGCUCGACUGCAUGCUCAUGGAGCUCGCCCAGGCGACUCUACAGAACGAGGCGCAGCAGCUGGUGGCGUGGUUCGAGGAGCACUGCGCGAGGGAGCUGGCGCGCGUGCAGGCGUCGGUGCGUGACGUGCAGCAGGACGUGAUACAGAAGUGGGCGUGGUUGCCGCACGAACAGCGCGCCAAGCUGGUGCAGGCAGCGACGGAGAGGGAGGAACAGGUGGCGAGGCUUCUCAGCGACGCACAGGCGUCUGUGCAGCAGAAGAUGGUCGCUUUCUGGUUCGCUGCGCAGGACGCGGACCGAGCGGAGGCCGCCAUGUGGCACGCCCUUGAGCUGGCAGCUGAGGCCGGUGGUGACAUGGCAGUGGAUGCUGACGUGGCGGCCAGCAUUGCAGGGUUGCAUGGGUUUCAGGGGAAUCACACGGCUCUCAGAAGGCUGCGGCAUCGCAUGCAGCAGGCGGGGAGUCCGUUGGACGAGAACGCAUACACGCUGAUGGUGGCAGGAGCCAUCAACGGUGGCCAUCUCGAUGUUGCCGCUGCCUCCAUGCAGGAGAUGGUGGAACGAGGCAUGGAGCCCAGUGGCCCCCAGCUGUCCACGCUGCUGCGCCUGCUGCAGCGCCGGGAUGGCCUGGGCGCUCACAGCAAUAACCACAGUGGUGGCAGUGGGGAAGCUGACAUUGAAGAUGCAGAGGGCCAUGGGGCAUCAGUGGAGUCGUACCUGUGUCUGUGUGCAACGCUGGCUGCAGCAGGAAUUGUGGAGCCGUGUCUCGUGUACCUCUACAUUGAUGCCCUCCGCCUCUGCAUCAUUCGCAUGCUCUAA